UCACAAUCUAGAAAAUAGCCUGUAAGUGAGGAUUUAUUUUACAUAACUCGACUGCAAUUACCUGCUUUUUUGGACCAAAUUAGAUAAGUCUACUGUUACCACUAGCCAAACUGAUUGUCUGUGUGUGAAAAGCCUAGCUUUCUACAUUGGAAUCCAUCAGUCGUCUGUCAGAAUAUUGAAUGGGCACUGUGCAUUCAGGAACACCUUAGCUGCAGCUGAAGUGGCACCGGGAUUUGGAAAAAUUGUCUUAAAAACAUGCUACAAAUUGGGGACGGUGUCACCUGCCUGUCGGCAGUGUUUAUCGUGCUUCUCCUUGGAACCAGGAGCGCGCUAUGGUCCACGGUUGUCACUACAUCACUUUACUUUUUUCUGGUGAUGUUCCGAUUCCCGCAAGUCCCGGCGAGCCGAGCACGGCAGGUGCUGCGGCCUGAAAAAUCGACCGCCGGGGCGAUUUCUGUCAUUGCUCACCGGGGUGGCGGUCACGAUGCCCCAGAAAACACCUUAGCGGCUAUCCGUGAAGCCAGUCAGAAUGGAGCGACAGGCGUCGAGCUGGACUUGGAGUUCACCGCCGACGGGGUGCCUGUUCUCAUGCAUGACGACACUGUGGACCGGACCACCAAUGGGUCAGGACCCCUCUGCAAGCUGCGCUUUUCUGAAAUCACCAAACUUGAUGCUGCAGCCAAGCACCGCCUCAGAGAGCGCUUCCGAGGGGAGAAGGUACCCACGCUGCAGGAGGCUGUAGAGGAGUCUAUUAAACACCAGCUGACCAUCUACUUUGAUGUCAAAGGUCAUCCAGAUGAGGCAGCAGCCACUCUGAAGGACUUGUAUAAGAAGCAUCCAGUCCUGUACAACACUAGCGUUGUCUGCUCCUUUGAACCAAAAGUCAUCUACAGGAUGCGCCAGGCAGACCCAGGGGUGGUGACUGCACUGACCCACCGGCCGUGGAGCCUCAGUCGCCUAGGCGACGGCACGCCACGCUUCGAUGCCGCAUGGAAGCACCACUGGCACCAGGUGUUGGAUGUCCUGCUGGACUGGGCCCACCAUCACGUGCUGUGGCACCUGUGUGGAGUGUCUGCUUUCCUGGUGCAGAAGAACUUUAUUUCCCAGGACUAUGUGCAAUACUGGGCGGAUCGGGGUGUAGAGGUGGUUGCCUGGACCGUGAACACGGCGGUGGAGAAGCAGUACUACCAGGAGCUGCUGAAGGUCAACUACAUCACCGACAGCCUGAGGGAGGACUGCGAUCCGCACUACUGACCCACCCGAGUCCCUAAGUCCCCAAGUCCCAAGGAACAACACCUACCUACCGCGCGCACUGACGCAAUUGCCAAAUUCCCCACGGCCUUCAAGUAAAAACGUGUAAAUAUGAUAUUACUUAAGUACUGUAUAAUGCAGGCCCACUCAGGUGCAACUACGCUCAGACUUUUAAGCGGAAGAGUAGAGUUCGUAAAAACGAUUGUUCCAGAUAUUUAAAUAUGUGCCGUUUCCUCGUGCAACUACUCGCAGGCCUUUGUGUGGUGGGGAAAGGGAGCAUUACUGCUUCCAUGGCCAUGAAAAGGUUUAAACGCUCAUAAACAUGAUAUGAAGAUGUUUUAGAUUCCUGUAAUUUCAUUGACGCAAUGAAUGUGUGCAUGCAAUAUUUCAAGAUGUACAGUCCUUACUUAUUUCAAACAAAGAAAACAACCAUUCUUUAGAAUACCACAAAAAAAACAACCACCAUCCUUUAGAAUACCAUUAACACUGGACCACUAUCUAACAGCAAAGCUGUACUAGAGCUGCCAUGUAAGUUUAAGUGUCAUUGUAACCUUGACUCAAGCUACUAAUGAUCAUUUUCCCAUCAAAUCACAUUAUAAAAUAUUUCUGCUAUAGCCUUAGUUUGUAUUUAUUGGGUUAUCCUCAAACUUGACAGUGAGUAUCAGAAAUGGAACCAGCAGCAAUACGACAGAUAACAUCAUAUCUUCCAGUACAAGGUGCCUGGCAGCUAACAUAUUCAUCAUGUUAGAAUUCUGCGAUUUGUCUUGAUUAAAGGUUUAGCUCACAAAUAAAAGCCUGAUCAUAU